AAAAGCGACUGGCUUUGGGGCAGCCAGAGCAUUAGACAAGUGUCAGGCGGCGCGUGCGCAUCGGCAACGUUCAACAAGUAGUCCAAGAAGCCACAUCCAGUUAAAUCCACACCCAGGCGGCCACCACAUGAAGUGCUUUAUCGUAUUUGUUGCAGCGACGCUGCUGGCGAGCGUGCAGGCGCAGAGCGAGACGCUGGCACAGGAUCAGCAGCAACAGGAGCAGGAGCAGGUGGCGGCAUCGCCAGCGGCGGAUCAGGUGAGCGCCGCCAGCAGCUAUGCACCGCUGCAGGAGAAGAAGCAGGAGAAGCGCUAUGUUGGUGGAUAUGGUGGUUAUGGUGGUUAUGCUGGCUAUGGCACUAAUGCCGGCUAUGGUGGUGGUUACGGCAACUAUGGAGCAUAUGGCUCCACGCUGGGUGCCGGCUACGGCAGCGGCGUGGACAGCUACUACAGUCCAUACGGCGCACGCGGUUUCGGCGGCUUAGAUGGCGCUGCCGGCUAUGGUGGCUACGGGUCCGCAUUGGGCGGCUAUGGCUCCACACUGGGCAACUAUGGCUCCUCACUGGGCGGCUACGGCUCCACACUGGGCAACUAUGGCUCCACGUUGGGCGGCUACGGCUCAUCAUUGGGCGGCUACGGCUCAUCAUUGGGCAGCGGUGGCUACUAUGGCGCCGGUUACAAUUCGAAUCCUUAUGCGCUGUCCUAUUACAAUUCCCGCCUGGGCGCUGGCGCCGGCGUCGGCGUCGGCACUGGCUACCCGUAUUACAAUACACGAUUCGGUGCCGGCGGCUAUCCCUCCAGCUAUUACAGCAGCAACUAUGGCAACAGCGUUGUGGGCGGCGGUCUGGGGGCGUUGGGCGGCGUGCCGCCCAUUGGCGCCGGCGCCGCUGGCUACAAUUAUGGUGCCGGCAUCUCGGGCACGGUCUACUAGGAUACGGCGCAUAGCAUGGAACACAUUUAAGCUUAGUGCAAUUUAUUUUUUUUUCUCUCCCAUUCUAUCAUAUACGUAUACAUAUAAAUAUUUUUUUUCUAACUUAAUAUUUUAAAUAUGUUAAACAAAAUAAGCAAACCAGAAAUAUGUA